AUGGCGGCGAGCCGUGAGAGAAGCGUUCUGCCGGACCCCGAGGCCGAGGCGGCGGAAUCGGAUUCGCCGCGAACAGCCGAGGAGAUUUGCGGGAGCCGUGCGCCGCCCGCCAUCGGCGCAGCCAUCGACGCGCGCCUGCUGAGAAGCUUCGACGGGCUCGCGCGCGACCUCGACCACGCGAUUCGCACGGCCGCGACGCUGUCGCAGCAGCACGACGCAAUCGCGACUUGUCUGCUCAUCGCCAACGCGCUUUGCGACUGGCCGGAGACCGAGGAGCCGCGGUCGCGGGAGGCGUUCGGUUUCCGCGUGCUGCGCAGCAUGCCGUGCGCCGCCGAGUCGCUUCAGCUCCGAGGCAAGCCAUGGUUUGCGGAUGACGGGGGGGAGGCAGUGACAGCAGCAGGCUCGCAACAACCGAUGGCAGUAUCCCCCUCAGGGUCACAGCCGCACUCCCCAUCGUUCUCCGCCUCCCCAGCGGCCAUGGCAGAGAGUGCAGCGCCCACCCACCGCUUCUGCCAGCCGCUCUCCCUCGUACUCAUCUCCUCCGCCGCCCCCUCCCAUGCCCCACCUCCCACCUCUACCCCCCCCGCGUUCCCCUCUCUCGCCCCUCCCGCUGCCCCCACCGCCCUGCGUGCAUCCGCUGCAGCGCCUGCCACUCUCACUCCCACGGUCAACGCAAGGGAGCUGUACUCUCACGUCAAAGCGUUCCUGGCGGGGCGAGCUGGGGGAAGUGGCAGUGGGGACGGUAGUGCGGAGGGCAGUGGGGAAGGCAGUGGGGAACGCAGUGGGGAGGAGGAGGGGCAGGGGCUGUGGCGUGUGGUGCGGGCAUGCGGGGUGGAGUCAGCAGGGGAGCUGAGUGGCGUGGUGGAUGAGAGGGGAUGGACCGCCAUGCACGUGGCUGCUCGCCUUGGUGACUCCCCCGUGCUGCGGGCGCUGUUGCGCAUGGGCAUGCCGGUGGGGGUGUGCAGCAAAGGCAACGCCACCACGCCACUGCACGUGGCAGCGUAUGGCGGCCACGUGGACUGCAUGCUCCUGCUGGCGCAGCACGGGGCUGACGUCCACGCUCGCACUGCUGGCGGCUGGACUCCGCUGCACAACGCAGCGAGUCAGCAGCAGUGGGAGGCAGUGAGAAGGCUGGCGCAGCAGGGAAUAGAUCCAGCAGAGGUGGAAGCAGCAGGGGCCAACCCCAAGGCGGACAAGCUGCCCGCUCACCUCAUGGCACAUGCGGUGCAGAUCGUGCGGGAGGAGCAUGCGAGGCGCGCAGGCCAGGGGGAGGAAAUGGGGCAUGGGUUUGGGGAGGUGGUUGGUGUAGCCCUGAGGGAUGGUGGUACGGCAUGGCUCAAGGGACGAUCUUGUAUGGGGUUGCCGCUGACUUCCGGACUACUGGUACCCCCGCACUCACUCUUUCCACCCCUGUCUCUUCCUUCCACCCCUGUCUCGUCCACCUCCCUCCCGUGCAACAUGUGCCACCUGCCAGGCAGCGAUGUGCUCAUGACCAGUUCCAUCAAGUUCCCCAACGCUGCCUCUUUCUUCUUGCCACACCUUCACACCCUUCUGCACCGCACACCACCGCAUCUUCCAGCCAGUGGCGCUUCCAUAGAGGUCCUCUUUCUGGCUCCUUCAAGAUUUGCCUGCAGUACAUUUAUAUGCCAAGUGCAGCAGCUUAUAGCGAAGCAGUCUAAACUGCAGCAUGGGGUUGGGGCCAGCGUGGAUCAAGUCAGAGCAGAGGCAGCAAGGGGGGAUGGUGUGGGGCAUGCAGUGAGGGUGGACGCUCAGAUACUGCAAGUGCGGAAAGGAGGAGGGCAGCUGAAGACGCAUCCAUGCCAGGUGAUGGCAUGUCCAUACAUCAACAUCAAUGACUAUCUCGAGCGCCAUGCGUUCCUUGAACCCCUGCUGCAGCACAUCAGGCUGCUGGUGCUGAGUGAGCCUGACUCACAGCGCAGGCGCACCAUGGAUUACAUCAUCUCCUUCCUGCCACCCCACCGCCAGACCCUCAUUCUCACCACCGGAUCCAAGCCCAAGGUUAGAUUGAUGGCCAAUCGUUAUCUCGCGAGGAACUAUGCACACAUUGAUCUCUGA